UGUUUUUUGGUCGACGGCCGAGCGGCAGCGGCCAUUUUGUUGUGCGAUUUCUUGCGAUUUGUGCUUUGUGGAAUGUGGCAUUUCAAUUUGACGCUUGCGUGAAUUUUGAUGCCGGAAUAGGUUUCUUUUACUGCUUCUACUUACUACGCGAUUGUACUAAUAGAUCUACAUGUAUUAAUUUCUUUAUGUAAUCAAUAAGAGAUAGUUUUUUUGGUGAUUUAAGCGUUCUACUUCGAUUUUUAGUAGUCAGUUUUAUCAUGGAAGGCCCACCAAGCCGUGGCUUUCGUGGCGGUGGACGCGGAGGUCCUCCAGGUCAUAUGCGAGGACGAGGAGGAUUCGAUAUGCGGGGACGUGGCGGCGGUCCAGGAAUGAGAGGUGGCCGCGGCGGCCCUCCGCGAGGGGGCAUGGCACCACGUGGUGGACCGCGCGGUUUCCGCGGUGGCCCGAUGCGAGGCGGCGGUGGUGACCGAGGCGGGCGCAGCUUCCCUCCUGGCCCUCAAGGUCCAGGCCCGCACCCAGUCCCCACUAUUGAGUCCAGAGGUGCUCCUCCUCAAAGAGGGUUCAAUAACCGUGGAGGACCAGGUGGAAUGAGAGGUCGUGGCGGAAGAGGUCGUGGUGAUUUUGGACAGAGGGGAGAUAGAGGAAGCGGCCGUGGUGGCAUGCCAAUGCGAGGUCGUGGGGGCCGUGGAGGUCCUGGUCAGGGUGGCCCGGGGCCGCAGGGCGGGCCGCCGUCUGGCCCCCCCAACAUGGCGCCGCGUGGAGCGCCCGCCGGCGGCUCACACCAAGGAGCUCCGGCCCCACAGCAGCAAGCGCCCCCAUUCAAGAGAGGAGGUGGUCCUCCACAUGGUGGCCCUGGUGGACCACCGAAACGCGGACGAUUUGAUGGCCCGCGAGGAGGUGGCAGGCCAUCACAGGGCGGAUACCAGCAAGCCCAGCAGUCGCACAGCGCUCCACAACAGUCCAAUGGCUAUGGACCACCAUCACACACUGGUUACCAGCCAUAUGAACCACCACAAGCGGAUCCCUACUCUCAAUCCUCAUACAAUAACAGUUCAAGUUCAUAUCAGGGCAACAAUUAUUCCGCGCCCGCCACAGCACAGGCCUCGAGCUACAACUCCAGUGGCUACGGCUCCGGGGGAUACGGCUAUUCCACUAGUGGCCAAGGUGGCUACGAAAACGAUGCUUAUGGCGGGGGCGCGGGAGGAGCAGGCGACGCGGGCUACGGCGCGGGCGAGGCGGCGUACGGCGGCGCCGCGCCCGCCUACGACUCGUAUUCGCAACCCUCCUACAACUCCUACCAGCAAUCACAGCCGCAAUAUUCCAACAACUAUGGUGGUAAGUACGGGAAAUAUUGAGCCCUAACACUUACCGACUACACAGUCAUGUCAAACAUAUUCAGAAGUUAGUUUUAACUAAUUAAAAGCUAGGAAUUACUGUAGUGUAUCGUUACUUAUGUCGUGUCAGCAUUUGUAUGAUUACACGAAUUUUAGUAGGAAACCUUAGGUUACUGUAAUUUAUUACCAUAAUUACUAGGUAUGAUUAUAGAAUCAUUAUUAGUUUGCUGCAAUAAACAAUUCAGAUACAUCUGUAUGUUUGAAUGUGGUAAAAACUUAAAACAAUCUUGCACAUUGCAAGUAUUUAUUAGAACUAAAUGAUUAAACAAAGAAAAAUGAUAUUAUUUUAUAGUGCAUAGUGAUGAUGCAUAAGUAAGCAAUAUAGAUCUAUUUAAGAAAACAUUGACAAUGAUUACUUUAAUCAAUAUAAAAUUAGGUUUGUUCUAGUAACUUAUAUUAUUUGAAAUUAGUUAUAAGUAGGUAAGUUUUUAUAAAUCAGUAUUAACAAAAUACAGAAAUCUUCUAUAUAAUUAUUUGCAUUACAGGCAGUUGGUGAUCUGUUAAACUAAAACAGAAUAUGAUUUGCAUCUAAUACCACACUCUCGAAAUAAAAAUAGCUGGAUCAAUUAUAUUGAAGCAAUUACAUUAAGAAUUAAAGUUUAUACAUAUGAGUGCUAGGUAUGAAUGAAGAAUACACAAAUUUCAUGAACUGUAGGCAGAGAUUGUGAAAUGACAAGAUUAGACUCCUUUUGACUUAUUAUGGGAUGAAAAUGUUUUAAGAUUGUGUCCAGUGUGAAAUUAUAGUAUUUAAUGUUAUAUCUCAGUGACCAGGUUGUUUAUUAAAACAGAAUAUUACACAUUGUAAUAAAAUGCAAAUUUUCUUAUUGAAGUAUGAUGAUGGUAUAGGUAGGUACCAAAAUGUUUUAAUAGACACUAAGUUCGUAAUAAACUUGUGAAAGAUAUAUACUGUGUAUAAUUUUAUUUGGUUGAUAAAAUCACAUUUAAUUUUCUCACGUAGUCACACGAAAUGGUAUGACAAAUAGCUAUUAUUAAGGAAUAUUAAUAAAUAAUAUUGAAUAUAAAUUGAGUGUAAAUUUAUUUUUGUAUGAUUACAAUCAUACAUUUUGGUUUAUUACAUAUCCAGCUAUCGUUAUAAGUAUGCCAAUGUGUUGGCAAGGAUAUCUGAUGGAAUUCCAAGGUAAUAAUUUUGUGGUAUUAUUAUAAAUUCAUAAUUAUUUAAUAUGACUAAAGUUGUGGUCACAGUAGCAAGAUAUUUAGAGAUGCAGUUAUAAGUUUAAAAAUGGCAUGAAAUCCAUUUUAGGCACAUCACCUGCCUUUGACAGAAUCAUUUCACUAGCCAUUAGCCAAUAUUGGUUAACCUAUCAGAUAUUUUUAUUUAUGGAGAAUACUGAUUUCAAUUUAAUAUGUGAUCGUCAGUUCUAUGGCAAUUUUAUCAAGAAAAAGCUCUUCCUGAGAGAACAUUGUGCAGUUGCAGUACUAAUAGUUUUUUGGUACAUAUUUAUUACAAAUGAGGAAUAUUUUUGGUACAUAAAGUAACAGUAUUAACAUUUAAGACAUAGUAAAGCAUGACUAAUAAUUGGACAUUCAAUGUUUUCAGUACACUUUAUGUAAAGGACGCAGAGAAAUGCAGGUAUUCAGGGUUGCCAACUUUAGGUAGGUGUGGUAUAAAAGACAUCCAGUAAUUAAUAUAUGAUAAUUUUUAUACUUAAUUUCGCAAUCCAAAGUGUACAAAGUAUUUAACAAUAUUCGCAGAUUAAUAUCUGCUAGUAAGUAAAAAGUUAAAGAAAGAAACACAUUAUUUUAAGUUUCAAUUGCAAUAAAAUACUACAUAGGAUUGUAGGUACUGUACUAUGUACAGACGGCAGCACAUCAGACUAUACAUUUUCGUUGCAAAGUCGCCCUUAUCGCAACUACGUAAGAUACCACAGUGUUUACGUUGACGUGCUAUCGACUGUACUAAUAUAAGUACAUAUUUAGAUAGGUACCAGCUUUUGUAGGAAAUGGACACUUCGUUUUAAAUAAAUGUUUGGAAAAACCAUAAUACACAAGUUUAUAAGAUA